AUGUUCUCAAGCUCUUCAAGGACCACGUUGGCCGCUUCAGGUCGAGCGCGGCUGACUGAUGCGGCGGUCGCUGCUCAGCUUGCUCGAAUCAAACCUCUGCAUCGUACACUCGCCACCGUCGCCAAGAACCAGAACAAGCCACCUACUGGCGUCUUGCUCAUGAACAUGGGUGGCCCCUCCACAUCGACGCACGAAGAGGUGGGCGACUUUCUCUCGCGCCUCUUUCACGAUCGCGAGCUCAUCCAGCUCCCCUUCCAGUCCCGUCUUGCUCCUCUUAUCGCACGUAGGCGAACACCCAAAAUUGUCGAUCAGUAUGAAAAGAUUGGCGGCGGAUCACCCAUUCUGCGCUGGACUCGAACACAGGGUAAAGCCAUGACCGAGUUGCUCGACGAGCUUCACCCCGAGACGGCACCGCACAAGGUCUACGUCGCUUUCCGAUACGCGCGACCUUUGACCGAAGAGGCGCUUGACGAGAUGGCGGAGGACGGUGUCACGCGCGCGGUCGGAUUUACUCAGUAUCCUCAGUACAGCUGCAGCACCACCGGCAGUAACCUCAACGAGCUUUACCGCGAGAUCCAGAGACGUAAGGAGCGCGGCGCCCCGGAAGGCAACAUCUCCUGGUCCCUGAUCGACCGAUGGCCCACCCAUCCUUUGCUCGUAGAAGCGUUCGCCAACCGCAUCCAAGCUGUGCUUGACACGUACCCAGAGGACAAGCGCAACAAGGUGCCCAUCAUGUUCAGCGCCCACUCGCUUCCCAUGCAGAUCGUUUCGGGUCGAGGCGAUCCGUAUCCUGCCGAGGUGGCCGCUACCGUCGCCGCCGUCAUGACGCGCUUAAAGUGGAGCAACCCUUAUCGACUCACAUGGCAGUCGCAGGUGGGACCGUCUGCUUGGCUUGGUCCGCAGACGAGCGACACGAUCAAAGGCUGGGCCAAGCAGGGCCAGAAGGACGCCAUUGUCGUCCCCAUCGCCUUCACCAGCGACCACAUUGAGACGCUGUACGAGAUCGACAUCGAGCUGCAAGAGGAGGCCGAGGAGCAUGGCAUCACGCUCAAGCGCGCUGAAUCGCUAAACGACGAACCCACGUUCAUCCGAGCCAUGGCCGAGAUCUGCGCUUCGCAUCUGUCAGCCGUCGAGGGCACGCCCAGCCGCAUCGCAGACGAAAAGCGCGGAGAAGAUGUGUGGAGCCAAGGCCUCACGAGCAAGCAGAUGCUUCUGCGAUGUCCCGGUUGCGUCAACGCGGUGUGCGGUGAGCAGAAGGCUUUCUUCGCUCGCACCUCGCAGUAA